AUGACCAGAAUGCUAAAAGUGUCCGAUGAACUGGCACUAGUAUGCCGAAAAGUAAAUCAGUCGCCAGAAUUCCUCAAUUCUUCUGAAGAAAAAAUUGUUAAAGACGUGGUAAAUGUUUUAGGUAUAUUCGAAGACGCAACUAAAUUAGUGAGUGGUGACCAAUACCCAACGAGUUCUUUAGUGAAUCCUGUAAUUUGCGGAUUAUUUGAAAACCUCAACACCAUCGAAAUAUCACUGGAAACAGAUGUAGACAAGAUGUUCUGCUAA